GUAAACUGGUGGCCAAUUAAAAUGAAGUAAAAAUCGUAUUAUCCGAAACUCUAGUAGAUCGAGUCACUGGUCCAGUUGGAUUUUAGGGAGUGGGUUGUUCUUCUGAGUAUUGUCUAGGUGACGUAGCCGUGCAUACAAAAGACUAAAUAAAGCAGAAUCUGCAAAGCAUGAUGUCUUGUUUUCAGAACCUGUCAGACGCACUAGAUGAUACCUUUUCUGCAACUGUGCAGUCGGAAGAUGAACUGGAUUACGCAUCUGCAACACUCAUCUUAGCUGGAUUAUUACAAAUUCAUUCCCGCACACCUCGUUACGCAUUUCAUCAGGCGCGGUUAGAUUCAUUUCCAAAAGUAAUUCAUUCGAAGGAUUCUGCGAAUGAUUCAACAAUUUGCCGGCCAAAGUCUCCAGUUCCAUCUCCUUCUGAGCUGGCUUCGGCAGGCUUUUUUCACACUGGUUCUGGAGAUGAAACUAUCUGCCCUGCUUGUGGUUUGGGGCUACGUGAUUGGCAGGCCACGGAUCAACCUGAAGCGUGUCAUAUCGCAUAUUCGGCUGCCGCAACAGCUGCUAUAGAAAUGGGUUCGGGUGACGGACAUUAUCGCUCGCCUAUCCCAACUAUACCAUGUCUUUAUCUUAUUGUCCAUCGUCUUCUUGUUUCCGAAAUUCCGCUUGCUCGUAAGUCUUUGGUUCCGGUUGGACAAACGCAAUCUGUCCGAGGUCUUCCUGGAGUAAUUUCUCGGCCUGUAGUACAUUUCACUGACCAAUCAUCUCAAAACUCAUCUUGUGAAUAUCCAUCUUUGGCAGACAGACUAUAUGCGAUAGCUCAUAUAAUGACUGCAUCUCCAGCUCCUCAAGGAUGGCCAGUAGAAAAUGCACGUGCUCUGGGUCAUUCAGAUGAUUUAAUUGUCCUUGCAUUGUGGCGUUUGCAAGCGGAGGCUGCUGGAAUGGGAUUAGCGUGUCCACCAAUAAAGUCAAUCUAUAUUGAUCCUCAAGCUACAACAGAGCUAUUAAAAGCUAUUUUACGAGUUCAAGAAGGUUAUGAUAUAUCUUCCAGGAACAAUCUUGAAUUCUAUCUGGAUGCUUUCGACGAGGAAGAAGUACAUUCCACGGGUGAAGCACUAAGUGAAGGCAAUGAAGGUGACAUCACGGCGGAAGAUGCAGAAACAGCAGCUUUAUCACAAUGUCGUCGAUAUUUGCGACCACCACCACAACAACAAUUUGGUGACCCAACUUCAUCUCCUCGUUCAGUUGAAUCAUAUGGAUUACAAAUGAAAAAGAUCCAUCUUCCUCGCUUUUAUCAGUUUCUCGUUUGGUGGUCUCAUCGUUGGCCUGCAACUCAUAACAAUAAUUCUCUGAAAUAAUUUAAUUGCCUUUGAGUACUUAAUCUUAUUCGAAAGACAGAUGACUUGUGGAGUGCACGUGCUACCCACUUUGGAAGCUAGAACACCUACUCCCAGUUGCUCAUAAUACAUUAAUCAUUCAGUUUCAAAAUAAUAUUUAACUUCAUAUACUUUAGGGAACAGCAUCUAUUUCUUUCGAUAUAUUUCAACAAAUUCACUUCACACCUAAUAUACUUGAUAAAUUAAGUUUGUAAUUUCCCUUGUAAAAAAUAAAUAUCCUAUUUUAUGGGAUUUCGAGUUGAUUAUCAAACACCACAUGCGCACUCUUCUUAGACUUUCCGAUUUGGAAUUAAUAUCUUGUUUUACAUAAGUGUUUUUGUGUUGAAUUUCGUUUUAAUUGACAGUAAUUUAGAAGUUAAUAGUCAAGUUUUUUUGUUAUUCAUCAGUUCAAAUGCAUAUUAAUCCAUAAACGG